AUGUCGCUAAAGUUGAAAUAUAUUCAAAUUCUCUUAAAAGGAAAUAUUAAAUCUCAUCAAGAACGACUUAAACCAUUCUUUCAAACACUCUUAACUUGUAAAGUAGAAGAAGGUAUUCAGUCUAUUUUCAUUAUUGAAACCCUGGUUGGUCUUCAGGUUUUUUAUAAUGGAAUUCAACAAGAUCAUCCAAUGUACCAAGAACUAACUGAAACGCUCAGCAAAUAUAUUCAAGCUCUUCCUUCUAUUACUAUUAAUGAAAAACAUACUUCAUAUCUUAAAGAAGUCCUUAACCAUCCAAAAGGAUCAUCGAUUCAUGAAAUUGUAUUUAAGUCUCUACUUGAUAUCUUAAAUAAAAAGGAACCAAAUGAGGUUAGAAUUAUGAUUAAUGUAAUGAACAUUCAAAAAUUUAUUGCUUUUAGUGAUGAGGAAAAAAAACAACUCAUAGAAUCAAUGGAGCAAAACCACUCAACUGAACAGAUAGUUCGACCAAUUAUCGCAUUAUUAAAUAAACAAUAUACUAUUGAUAAAUUUACUUUACCAAAGAAGUGUUCUAUUAUAGAACAAUUAGAAUAUCAUAUUGCAUUGGCACAACAAGAUCCAAAUACAAUUAGAGAUUUAGAAAGUACAUUAUCAGAAAUAUUAUUAUUGAAUUAUCUUGGAUUAACUAAUUACUACGACAGAAUUUGUCUUGCUCUUAAAUUAGUUUCAACAUAUGACCCAAGGUGUUUGGAUGAUUUCAGAAAGCAUUGUAUUUUGAACAAUAUUCCAAGUGAUAAGUUGAAAAGCAUUAUUAAAAUAUUUUCACCUAUUAUUACUGAAGGAUUACUUCCUCGUUUCCUUGAAACAACUAGAUCACAAAUUUCAAUAUUUCACUCAUCAUCAGAGUGUUCAACUACUCACUUUACUAAUCUUAUUCAAUUUACUGCAUAUUUCUGUAUUGAAAAAGAUAAUGAAAAUACAACACAAAAUUUAUUAAAUUAUCUUAUAAAUCUUAUUGAUUAUCCACCUUCAGAUAAAGACAUUUGUAUUAUUAACACUCUUCCAUCAUAUUUAUCUCUUAAUGAUUAUAACCAAUAUAAAUUAGUUAUUGAUCAUAUUAUGAAUAUUUUUAAAAGAGCUGAUAGAGAUGCUGUAUCACAAAAACAAAAUGAUACUAAUAAUAUUCUUAAUAGUAUUUAUGAAGCAUUAACUUCUAUGGCUAAAAGUAUAACAAAUGAAGAACUAAGAUUUGACUUAUUAAAACAAAUAGUUGGAAGAUUUAUUCAAUUUGGCAAUACAAUAAAAACUGAUCAAGACAUAAGUAAAAGAAAAGAAACUGAAUUAAUGGGAAAAUUAUUAAAGCCAAUUAGUUUAUUAAUCAGUGGAAUGGAAAAUAGUAUAAAUAAAAAUAAUGAAAACAAAUUGUUUAGAACAUUUUGGUUCUAUUGUGUUGUUCUAAAGUUUGUUAUAAAAGAAGAGUACAAUGAAAUUUAUUAUAAUGACAUUAAAAAUAUCGCAAGUAAUCUUCCACCUUUAAUUAUGAAAAGAAGUCAUAUAUUAGCUGAGAUUGAUAAUGAAACAAAUUCUACACUAACUAGAUUUUAUUCUACUGAACAACAAAAGAUGUUUAUUGAUAGUUUAACAAAGAGAAAUGAUUUUAUUAGUUAUAAUCGUGGGAUACCAUUAAACAGAAUUUUAAUGUUCAUUUCUAUAUUUUAUUUAGAAUGUUUUAGAUGUUCUCAACUUCGAUUUGAAUAUAUUACUGAUUAUUUAGAUGAUUCAGUUGUAGAAGAUCCUUUAUGUGCAUUUAUUACUCCUGUUUAUUCUUCAUUAUUUAAAUCAGUAUUUUUAGUAGCUAAAACUGAAGCAUCUAAAUUAGAAUUAUCAUUGACAGAACGGAGUAAAGCAAUGACCAAUUUAAUGAGUGUUUUUGUAAUACGAUUAACAACAACAAAUCAAACUUUAUUUUCUUUUGUAAAUUCAUCUUUAAAUGAUUUGAUUGAUUCAAAUAAAUCAAUUGUCUAUAACAAGAGAAUUCUCUUCUUAUUACUUCAUAUUGUUGAAACUAUUUCAAAAAUGAAUACAAGUAAUCCUCUUGAUGUUAAGAAUGUUAGAAUUGCACAAACAAAUUUCUUUGUUGAAACACCCGAAGAUUCUAAUACUUACUCUACUGUAAUAAAAAAUGUAAGUGAUUUUACAACUAAUUAUAUUAAAUUAGGAUUUAAAUUACAACCUAAAUACAUGAGUCAUUUAAUUCAAUCGUUUAUUCUUCAAUUACCAACUAAUUCAAGUCAUACCCAUGCAGGAGUCAAAUUAGCUUUAAACGUUGGAAGAGAAUUUAUUGAUAUGUCUGAUUUAACAUUCAAUAUCUUUCAAAAAGCAAGUUGUACUGGAAUGGUUAUUGGGUCAACAGAAGUUGGUAAUAUUAGAAGGUCUUUACUUCAACAAUUAAAGACAUUUGAUUCUUCUAAUAUGAAAAAUGAUAUUACUAAAGAGGCAGUUUCUUUUAUAGUUGUAAAUAAUUUGAGUAUUUCAGAAUCUAGUGAUUUACUUCAAGAAAUUGUUUACUCUCCAAUGAGAGUAUUUACAAAAGAAGCUAUGGAAUUAGCGGUACCAAAUUGGGAAUGGUUAAUUUGUGUGAGCUCUAAGGUUAUGGGUAAUUAUCUUUUGAAGUUAAUUGGUGUUGCAUGGAAAGAAACAAUUAAAAAAAACCUUGGAAUAUUUAAUAGUAAAUACGUAACUUCUAAUCCAUUAUCUAGUUCAGUAGGAAAUAGAGAACAAUCUACUCAUGCAAGCUCUGUUGUUCCACACAGAGAAAUCAUUAAAUUUUUUUCAAAUAUUCUUCCUAUUAUUGAAGCUUAUAGGGACACUACUCGUCUUGAAAUUAUUAGAGACAUUAUUUCAUCCUCUCUUAAAGCUCAAAUGACUCCUGAACCAAGUUCAGUUGGAACUCGUUUUAUGUUGUUGCUUCUUGGACUAAAAAUUGUUUCAUUAAGUCAAAAAGAAGGUAUUCAUUAUACUUCAAUGGUUGAGAGUAUUGAAAUUGUUGGAUUAAAUUGGUUUGAAAAUCAACCAGAAUGGUUUGAGUGUAGUAGGACUCAAGCAGAACAUGACAUCAAUAUUCUUGUUGAGUUUAACCAAACAUUAUUAAAUGUUCUUCAAAAUAUUAAAGAAAAGAAGUUUGGAUUAGAUGACGAAGUUAUUAACAAUCUUAAGCAAAGGGCAAUGCUUUUACUUCCAUUAGUUGGGAACGAGAUUGAACGAAUUUCUGUAUGGAAUAAUCCAUUGAAUUUGAUAACAAAACAAUUCCAGAAUCAACGACUCUUUUUAAUUGAAAAUUUGCCCAAAGACUAUAGAAGAAGAACAAAGGAUUAUAUCCUUCUGGCAUGGUAUUACUCUCCUGCACUAGCUGUUGGGUAUUAUAACAGAUUCCCAACAAUUCAGUCAUAUAAACUUUUAACUGAAAAAAUUCUUAGUGAACCAAAUAAAUUAAUUAACAAUGCUUUGGCUCAUAUUUUCAUUGCAACACCAGAACAUGUAGAAUCUAAUAUCCCUCAAUUAAAUCAACUAUUGUAUUGGGAGGCUACUGAUCCUCCACACGCACUCAACUUACUUAAAAAAUCAUAUCAUUCGAAUCCAUUUACAACUUUAUAUGCGUUAAGAGUAUUAGAUACUUUUGAUGAACAAACUGUGUUAUAUUAUGUACCACAACUUGUUCAAUCGUUAAGAUAUGAUUCAAUGGGACUUGUAGAAGCUUUUAUUAUUAGAAUGGGAAAAAAAUAUCAGUUAGUUGCUCAUCAGUUGAUAUGGAAUUGUGAUACUUACUCGACUGAGUCAACAACAAUGACAGUUAAACAAGACCCAGCUUUUGUAUCAAAAUUAAAAGCAAUAAGUAAGAAAAUUGUUGAAAAUUAUGAUGAGAAAGAAAUGGAACUAUUUAAAGCAGAAAGAGGUUUCUUUGAAAACUUUACACGUAUUUCUGGAGAGCUUAUUCCUAUUGAACGGGACCAAAGAACCCAAGAACUAAAAGAUAAAUUAGGAAAGUUAAAGGUUGAAAGAAACGAUUUAUAUGUUCCAACUAAUCCAAAUGCAAUGGUAGUUGAUGUAUCAAAUAAAGGUUGUGCAUGUUUAAGAAGUGCAGCUAAAGUUCCAAUUCUUGUUAAUAUGACUGUAAAGGAUAGAUUUACUGGAGAAGUUUCACCACUACCUGUUAUUUUUAAAGCUGGAGAUGAUAUAAGAUCAGACAUGCUUGCAGUUCAAAUGAUUGAAUUAUUUGAUAGAAUUAAUAAACAUGCUGGAUUAGAUAUUUAUUUAUGCCCAUAUCAUAUUAUUGCUACAGGCCCUGAUUGUGGUAUUAUUGAGGUUGUAAGAAAUUCUAUGUCAAGAGAUCAAAUGGGAGAAAAAUAUGAUGGUAAUAUGUAUAAUUACUUCUUAACUAAAUAUGGGGGAAGAAAAACUGAAGAGUUCUUUGCUGCUCGAGCUAAUUUUAUUCGAUCAAUGUCUGCUUAUGCUAUUGUAUCUUACAUUCUUCAAAUUAAAGACCGGCAUAAUGGAAAUAUUUUGAUUGAUGAAGAUGGACAUUUGAUUCAUAUUGAUUUUGGAUUUAUGUUUGAUAGAUCACCAGGAGGAGAUAUGGGAAUUGAGAAAUCACCAUUUAAAUUAACUGAUGAAAUGAUUUCCAUCAUGGGAGGUUCUCCAUCAGCAGAACAAUUCAUUUGGUUCAUGGAGCAAGGGGUGAAAUCUUUCCUUGCAAUUAGACAAUAUUAUCCUUCUAUUAUCACUUUGAUUGAAUUAAUGCUUGAUACUCAAAUGAAUGUGUUUAGACCUAAUUCAAUGAUUAACUUAACCCGAAGAUUUAAUCCUGAAGGUAAUUGUACUCAAGCAGCUCAAUUUAUGGCAGGAGUUAUGAAAGAAGCUUUUUCAUUGAAAGGAACCUUUUUCACUUACUUCUAUGAUAAGUUCCAAGCUCUUGAUAAUGGUAUUUCUAUGUAA